AUGUCAUCAGCAAGAUCGCCACCGGAGCAUCCCUCUGUUCACCCUCACGUGGCAGUCGGCGCGGAGCCUCGGUCGCCUCCAAUCACUGGGUCAUCCAUGGCAUUGAGAGGUCUGCAUCCGCUUUCCUCCAAAGUGAAUACCGUGUUGUCUACCUCGUAUGCCGACACCGACUUCCGGGACAGUCUUCAUUUGCUCGACCAACGCAGCAUCCAGAACACCGGAGAGGCCCGUCGCCGCCUCCGUCUGGACCUGCAAAAGGAGGUCAUUGAGUGCAAUGGAGAUAUCGUACACGAGUUUGGUCGUGUCUCGGAACAACUACAGAGGAUAGGCUCGACACUGGAGAGCCUCAAUAAGAUGUACAGCGAGAUGAGAUCCAAAGUGGACGUGGCUCACGCCUCGACAUCGUCCGUCCUGGGCGAGGCUUCGGCGCUGAUGCUUCAACGCCGCCAAGCCGAGGCGAAGCAGCAGCUGUUCAGGUCCUUGCAAACGCAAUUCGUGCUGUCAGAAAACGAAGUGGCGUGCCUGUCCAUGGCAGCGGAACCAGUAGAUGAUCGAUUCUUCACGACGCUGGCCAAGGCCAAGAAGAUUGUCAAGGAUUGCGAAAUACUAUUAGGUUUUGAGAACCAGACACUGGGGCACGACAUCUUGGAGAGGGCAUCCAAGACGCUCGACCAGGCUUUUCAGAAACUAUACAAAUGGAUUCAGCGCGAAUUCCGGACGUUGAACCUGGAGAACCCCCAGUUUGGCGCGCGUAUCAGACGGGCGCUUCGUGUGCUGGCAGAGAGGCCGACGCUGUUCCACAACUGCCUCGACUUUUUCGCCGAGGCAAGAGAACAUCUGCUCUCCGACUCGUUCUAUGUCGCUCUGACCGGAUCGUCUACCUCGGGCAGGGAGGAGCAGUCCGUGAAGCCCAUCGAGCUCGCCGCUCAUGACCCGCUUCGCUAUGUUGGCGACAUGUUGGCCUGGACCCACUCCGCCGCGGUGAGCGAGAGAGAGGCUCUCGAGGUCCUAUUUGUGUCGGAAGGGGGUGAGAUUGCCAAAGGGAUACAAGCCGGCCGAGACCACGAGAUCUGGCGCCUUGUCGACAGCGAGGAAGAGCCCGGGGAACCUGCCUUUGAUGCCAUCAAGGCCCUAAACGACCUCGUGGAUAGGAAUGUGUCGGGUGCCGCGCGUAUCUUGCGACAGCGCGUGGAGCAGGUCAUACAGAGCAACGAGGAAAUCAUCCUGGCUUACAAACUUGCCAACCUCCUCAACUUCUACCGCGUCACGUUCGUGAAACUCCUUGGCGACCAGUCCGUCCUCGUCGAGUCUCUCUCGAGCCUGGAAGCCGAGGCGCUCCGCCAGUUCCGCUCUUUGAUGAGAGACUACAUCGCCGCCUUGCAGGGGGACCUUCAGCACACUCCGACCGACCUGGGGUCGCCUGACUUCCUGCAGGAAGCAUUGGAACAACUCCAUGCCAUAUUGAAGACAUACGAUACCUCGCUUACCUCGUCUGCAAGUCGCGAAGUCGAUUUUCUUCCCAUCCUUGGAGAAGCCUUUGAUCCAUUUAUCCAGGGAUGCCACAACAUCGCCCGGGAUAUCGGCCAGCCCGGGAGCUCCAUCUUCCUGAUCAAUUGCCUUCUUGCCGCGAAGGCGGUGCUGCUCCCGUUCGACUUUACGGAGGGGAGAGUCAGGGCGUUGCAAGACGAGAUACGGCAAGAAUCACAGACGCUUGCUGAGAGUCAGUACCGGUUCUUCCGUGAAGAAUCGGGCCUGGAUGGCAUUUUGACCGAGACGACAUCAGUCACGACGUCCAAAGAGGACCUGUCAAGGCUGAAAGCCAUCGAGGCACUAGCCCCUGAAUCCAUGGUGAGAGCAAGCCAAAAGCUAGACGAUUUCCUGCCGUCGGCCCUGAUGGACGCACUAGAGAAUAUGAAGCAACUGCAGGACUCGGGUCUGGCCCGGCAGAUCACCGAGGAUGCGGCGGAGCGAUUCUGUGAGGAAUUUGAGCACCUAGAAGAAGUCCUCGUCGCUGCGGACGAGGUCAAGCCAGCUGGCAUGGAAAGCACAGGAGCAAAUAUUGACGAGCAGACCACAUCAUGGAGCUGGAAAAGCACCGUAGCCAAGAGCCCCGCUGGCCAGUGGCAGCCCCACCUGGGCUGGGCCAUUUGGUGGGAUCCAGGAUGUGUGCCUGAUACACGCCGCCAUCUUGUCGCGUCGCAAUCCCAGGCCUCCAAGAAUCUGCCAGCCCUGGUCGGCCGGAGCCGCUGGUCUACACAGAAGUUCUCGGCCGGCGGGCAGUCCUCCCCAACAUACUUGUUCACCCGUGAGCUCGGCCAUGUUCCGGAAAGCAGCACGAUGCUGCAGGGCAAGGGAAACGCAGCCAACCUACAGGGUACAUAUGAUGAGAGUUACCUAACGUGUUCGAAAGCGGUGUUUUACGAGAGCCAGGGCAACGAAGAUGAAGCAAUGCGCUGUUGGAAGGCGGCUCUUGGUGUGAUAUCUAACAGCCGUGACAUUGUCCGCCCCGGCGGCCAGGGUUCGCAGUCCGAAACAGAGAGCGCGUUGACUGACAGCCUGCGGCAACUCGAACUGCAAUGCAAAGAACGGAUCGACCUGCUAGAAGCACUCAGGCUCUCGCGCGAGGAUGGUCCUCGAAUACAAAAGACAAACGCGCCUAGUAUAGCUGAGCCAAAGGCAGCUGACGCCUCGUCGCCUGGCUGGAUCGGCAACGGAACCAUACCUGCAAUCUCAUACACUCAAUUGCCUAGGCCUCCCUUGCCACCGCGGCCAUCUCUGCAGUCGAGAGCGUCGUCGAAGCACUCCACUGGUAUGGGAAGCCUUGUCGAUCUUGGUUCCGACGUAGACUCGACUGAGCAGUCCAUCCUUCGGCCCGUGGCCGGAUCGAGCUCCCAGCCCACCGUCUCACGAUCUCCAAGCCCCGACAAGCAUACCUUGAGAACGACUUUGCGCACGGGGAAGCUUGGAGAGCGGUUCACCAAACCUAAACGGCGAACGGGCUCCAGGCCGGCGUCGGAUGGCCCUGGGGCCAGCAGGGCUGCCGCUCUUGCCUGGAGUGCCUUGGGGUUCAGAGACAGGGCGAGCAAAUCCCAGAAUACUGAACAGGCUUCCACAACAUUGCCCGCGAUCAGGACACCGUCCCGCGAGGACCGGGUCGUUCGAGAGCCCGGUUCGUCACGGCUGCAAUGGGACAGCCAUAGCAGACGGCUUGUGGCAUCGCACGAGAGAGACAUCGACCCCACGCCAGGCUCCAGGCACAGUCUAGACUCUGCUGUUAACUCGCGGCGAUCCCGAGACCAUGCCUCGCCCAGCGCGUCUGUGUUGUCUGUCCAUGCUGCCGCCAGUGCGCUCGUCAACAACCUACCCACCGAGCCCACCCACUCGGCUCCAGGAAGAACAGGCAAAAAUCACAUUCCUAGGCACAGAACAGCACCGCCGCCGGAGCAGCCCCUCAAAACGCCGCCCCCAAGGGCUGGGGACGAGAAGGGUACAUCAGAUGGUGGGAUAGCAGAACGUAGCAGCAGUACAUCCGACCUGCCGAGUCGAAGGAUAGCGGUCAAAGAAGCAACUACGAAAAUGGGGGGCAGACACCCGGUGCCUGGGAGACACAGCACGAGCGAAACACCCGCCGGAGCGAGCACCUCGCCGGGCACGGGGAGUGUUCGGGAUGCGAUGCGCAGAAAGGGAAAGACCAAAGACAAGGGCCUGGAAAGGGAUCUGGAAUACGAGGCGCUACAGACGUCCGGAGACUCGGAUGGGAAUGAGAGUGAGAAGGGAGGAAAUGCGGGGGGGGGCCGGGAGAGGCGCGCAAUUCUGAGAAACUUGCCAGCUGGCAUCGACAAGGAUGCCGCCAAGCAGAUAUUGAAUGAGAUAGUGGUACACGGAGACGAGGUCCACUGGGGCGACGUUGCCGGGCUCGAGGUCGCGAAGGCGGCGCUCAGAGAGGCGGUCGUGUACCCCUUCUUGCGGCCGGAUCUGUUCAUGGGGCUCAGAGAACCAGCGAGGGGCAUGCUUUUGUUCGGGCCUCCGGGCACUGGAAAGACCAUGUUGGCACGAGCUGUGGCCACCGAGUCGAAGUCGACGUUCUUCUCCAUCUCGGCCAGCAGCCUGACCAGCAAAUACCUGGGCGAAUCGGAGAAACUGGUCAGAGCCCUUUUCUCGCUGGCAAAGCUCCUGGCACCCAGCAUCAUCUUCGUGGACGAGAUAGACUCGUUGCUCUCGCAGAGAUCGUCCUCUGGAGAGCACGAGGCGACAAGAAGGCUCAAGACUGAAUUCCUGAUCCAGUGGAGCGAUCUGCAGAGGGCGGCGGCUGGGCGGGAUCUUGCCGACAAGGAACAAGGCGAUCCAAACAGAGUGUUGGUCCUAGCGGCAACGAAUCUGCCGUGGGCCAUUGACGAGGCAGCGCGGAGGCGGUUUGUCAGGCGGCAGUACAUUCCUCUGCCGGAGUCGGAGACCCGCCGGACGCAGCUCCAGGCCCUUCUCGGGCACCAGAAGCACAGCUUGACAGAGGAGGAUAUUGAGAAGCUAGUCAGCUUGACUGACGGGUUCUCAGGCUCAGACAUCACAGCACUGGCCAAGGACGCAGCGAUGGGUCCAUUGCGGUCACUGGGCGAAGCCUUGCUGCACAUGACUAUGGACGAUAUUAGAGCCAUUGGCUUUGGGGACUUUGUGGCGAGCCUCAGGACCAUUCGUCCCAGCGUCAACAAGGCAGGCCUAAAGGAAUAUGAGGACUGGGCUCGAGAAUUUGGAGAGAGGGGUGGCUAA